AUGCCCGAGAAGACGGCUGGAAGGGGUCGAACCACUGCGUCUCCGAAGCCUGGCGGUGCCAAAGGAUCGGCGACGUCUGUCAAGAAAGCCAGGUACAGCGCCCCUUCGUCCGGCACGCCGAAGAAUAAUGCUGCAGCCAAAGGCGCCCUUGUCGCCAAAGACUUCCCUGGCCACGGCUUAUACAUUGGGGAAGUCAUCAAGGUGAACGCGAGAGCAAAGGUCACCGGCGGCACCACUUGGAAGGUCCUAUACGAAGACCAGGACAUGGAGGACCUCGACCAGCAGGAGUUUCAGACGUGCGCAAAGGCCUACGAUGUCCUGCAGGACAGGUUUGCAGCGGCCCAAGAGAAACGCGUCACCUCCAAGGACUUUGCCCAAGCAGGCCUUGACGUCAGCGAUGGCGACGAACAGCCAAACAGCCUUGUCGGUGUAAGAGUGAGGAAGCUCUUUCCCCUCUAUGAUGAAGAGUUCGACGGCACGGUAUCCAAGCAUUUUCCUCCGCAGGAAGACGACAGCCAUGGAAACCUUUGGCUCAUCAAGUACGAUGACGGUGACGCGGAGCACAUGAAUUCGGAAGAGUUGGACGAGGCAAAGGUCUUGUACAAGAAACACUACGGCCUCGUGAAGAAACGCGUGAAAUUUCCCGCCAAUCCUGGGGGCAAGGGCUCCAGCACCGGAGCCACGGUUACCCUGUACGGUGAACAAAUACCAGGGUCGCGGGUGUUUGCAACCAUCGCAGGAUACAGGAAUUACAAGAAAGCCUCAACGGCUUAAGCAUUUUGUCGUCGCUGGCUAGUUGGAUAACCGAAUCGAAAAGACGCGGUUCGACCAGCCGGGUUACCACCAUCACAGGUGUAAGUCCUCCUUGAUGCCUUAAUGCCAUCGAACAUCGCUGUUGUGGAUGUUGUGGAUCGUGGUCGGGGGUAAUAGGGGAUUCCAAAACACUUAGGCUCGUAAGAAAUCCGGCAUUCAACGGAGGUGGGUGAUUAAAAGGUCUGGGGGCAGAUUCAGCGUUUGGAGCCAUGGCUGAAUGUUAGCCGUGCUCACGAGGAACUCACAGAACUGUAGGAAAGUGAAUAAACGCCAAAAUCCGUUCACGUCGUCCGCA